GUCAUUUAUGUUGUGUUGGAGGCUGAGGAGCCCUGGAGCUGGGAGUCGGCUCAGGCUUGAUAGCGACGGCUAACCCCCAGCGGGGCAACCCAGCGGACGGACCAGCGAGAUGUCCCACAUGGAGCUGGCCUUGGACCCUGGUGACCAGGACCUGCUGGGCUUUCUGCUAGAGGAGAGCGAAGAUUUGGGGGCUGUGCGGGACGAAGUCGUGGAGGCUCAGCUGGACGGGAAGCUGCCGCCCUCCGAGGACUCCGUGCAAUUACUGAGCGACUGGGAGGCAGAGGAUUUACUGAGCUUUCUGCUGAGUCCCCCACAGUCCUUGGAUGUUCUUGGAUCCUCCGACUCUAGCCUUGUCCACCACGAUCACACCUACUCCCUACCACAGGAGUAUGUCACCGUCGAUCUAGAUAGUGGGAGCUGUGGAAAGGAGGUCCAGAUGACUCCACUGCAUAUGGAGGAGCCCACUGAGCAGGAGAUUGCUAGGCUGAUACUGACAGAAGAGGAGAAAAGGCUAUUGGAGAAGGAGGGGCUUACUCUGCCCAGGACACUUCCUCUCACUAAGAUGGAAGAACAAGUUCUGAAACGAGUGAGGAGGAAGAUUCGAAACAAGAGGUCUGCUCAAGAGAGCCGUAGGAAGAAGAAGGUGUAUGUGGGGGGUUUAGAGAACAGGGUCUUGAAAUACACAGCCCAGAAUCUGGAGCUACAGAACAAAGUACAACUUCUGGAGGAACAGAAUUUGUCCCUUCUAGAUCAGUUGAGGAAACUCCAGGCCAUGGUGAUCGAGAUAUCAAACAAAACCAGCAGCAGCAGCACCUGUGUCCUGGUCCUACUAUUCUCCUUCUGCCUUCUCCUUGUGCCUGCUAUGUACUCCUCAGACACAAGGGGGAGCCUGCCGCCUGAGCAUGUUGUGUUCCGCCAGCUUCGUGCCCUCCCCAGUAGGGACCUGCACCAGCUGGAGCUACCUGCGCAGCAGUCAGACGUACAAAAGGACAACACGAACCAGUUACUGGACAGCUCAGAACAUACACUCCAGGCCCCUGGCAACUUUUCCUGCCUGCAGUAUCACAUGCCUCAGACUUCUCAGGGAGAGUCUUCUCUGCAGUGGCCACUCCCCAAUCUCUUCUCAGAGCCCCUCUGCCCGGGUCCCACUCUUCCCCUGCGGGCAAAUCUCACAGGAAAGGGGGGAUGCCUCCCUACCCACAGCCCAUCACCUGUCAUCUUGCAGGACAGAUACUCAGGUUAAAUGUGAGAAUAUAGGUG